GAUAGCCUUAUCGAUUGAAUAAAUUUCUCCAAGAGUACCAGUACCACAGAUUUAAGUACCUGUUGAAAUAUUAGGAUUGUCUUUAUAAGCUUUGAACCCAUCAAUAUACAAUAUAUAUUACGAACCACUCCAUGGAUUCAAUCUAUAUAUAGUUAUUUUAAGGUACCUCCAAAAUUUAAAUGAAAACCUUAACUUAUAAUGAGGGGGUAGGAUAAAUGUCUUUGUGAGCGCUGUUUGGUAGCUAAAAACAGAAAGUCCUCCAAAAAUCAUAGAAAUUCCACAAUCCGUAAUGUGAUUAAAGGAUUACGUCUAAUAUGUUUACCAAUCUAAAAUAUGACAUUUUAUGUUACUAUCAUCUGAAUUAAUUGGGUUGAAAAAGGAUCUGCUUAUUUCUGUCUAUGCCAUGACCUAAAGACAAACUUUGUUUUGAUCAAACAGAUUUCCUAAAAUAGAUAAACAAAGGAAGCAUUAAAGUGCUUUUUUUGUAUUGCAUAAUAAAAGCAUGAACCAAAGCAUGUUGUGUUAC